GACUCGACCUCAUAAAUGUCAUAUCGGGCAAAAAGAUUUUACCUCAAAUUUUGCCCAGUUCUUGAAGUUAUGCGUCAAAAUUGUUGUUUUCUUAGAAUCACCGAUGCAUUGAUGUAUAGGAUCGGAGAAUGUAUUAAAUUAGAUGAAAAACUGUGAGAUAGCAUCAAGUGACUGUGACAAAAUGGUAUAAGUCCUAGACAUGAUGACAUCAAUCCAAAGUUGGAAAUGUGGCCUGUUCGUGACUGCCAUCAUCCUGCUCUUGAUUAGGGGAGGAAUUGCUUUUCCUGAUGCAACAAGCCCGGAAUUCAAACAAAGCAUAAAAGAUGAAAGUCUUUCUUCUUGGGAGAAAUUUUCUGAAUUUUUCCAUAGUAUUUUUAAGAAACCUGUUUUCGAUUUCCACAACAGGGACAGGCGUUCGAGCCCUCGGCUUGAUGUUAACCAGAAAAAUGUCUCGGGUGGGUAUAAAGCUGUUGGAAUUAGUAAUCAUACAGAGGUCAUCGAUGCUUCAGGGCAGAACAAUGAUAGUGACAUCAAUCCAAAACCUGAACAUAAACCUUUUGUUGUUUUUGGUGUCCAUAGCGUAAACGCUACAGCUCCUGCAGCUGGUACUGAACUCGCUACCACGACGACUCUGCUGACUAGUCCGACGAAUAGUGCCACAGUUUUAACAGAACCUGUGGUGCCUAGAGGAAACUCUAACGUAAUUAAUGAAGAACCAAUGAUUCCCCCUAAUUCCUCCAAAAUAGCAGAACUCGUGACCAUGCAACGAACCCCAACAUCGCCUAAUGUAGUCUCAACUCGGAAGACACUUGCAAUUAAGUUUACUACUCGAGUUCCUUCAGUUGACAUCACUACAGAACAGGACAAUACUGUUACUGAGUCACAGACUAGCCUAGAAGCUGAAGUAGCAGGAAAGCCUGAACCAACCGAUAAUCCAAGGUCUGAAAAUGAAGUCAAACCUGAGCCUAAAUCUUUGGGUAGCAGUCCGGAGCCAACAGCUGCAAAGGGAGCAGAACCAAAGCCUACCUCUACAAUGGGAGCUGACCCAGAACCUAGCUCUGCAGCUGAAGCUGAACCCGAAGUGUUUGCGGCGACUCGGAAACCAUUUGUUGAGCCAGUGCCUGUUUGGUAUGAAGCAAAAUUGGCAUGGGGUCCCGCAUGGGAGUUCCACAUAUAUUUCGUUGGAUUGGCUUUUGCAAUUUUGGCUGUUUACUCCGUUGUGAGCAUUUUACGACUGUGGCAAAAGAAGCAACUGUUAAGUCAGGGAUUCUUCAUUGCCGUCAAUGUCGUACUUGCUAUGAUGGGAAUAUUCAGAGCUGUAUAUUUCUUGAUUGAUGGUUACAACUCGCACGAGGUAUUCUCACCAGACGCUGUGGACUACUUCGUAUACACUAUAGGGUUCCCAUUCCUAACUUCGGCAUUUUGCAUUUUAUUCUUGGCACUGUUGCAGACAACUAAGGUACAGUUUAUGUCACCACGAAUUCAGAGCAGCCGUAUCUUGGCAGUUGUUAUUUCGGCCCACUUGAUCUUGUCUGUUACAACAGAUGCUGUCGUGGGAAGUAUAGCAUCCGCUCGCGCAUUGAUGUUUGUCUGUCAGUUAGUGUCAGUCAUGUGGGGAAUCUUAUUGUUUGCUGGUUAUUUCUACAUCUUCAAAACUCUGUAUUCUGCUGCUUUAAGACGACAGAAAGAUCUCCUGAAACUGAGCCUUGGUAAAUUGAGACUGCCUGGAAUCAAGCCGAUUCAUAAACCACCCCGUCUGACACUUGGUCUCGGAGUUAAAGUCACUUUAGUGACAGCAAUUACAGGUUUAUUAUACGCUGCGUUACAAAUGUAUGCCAUGAUUGGUGUUUAUGGUGUGUUCUCAAAAUCUAUACCCGCUCCAUGGCCAUGGUGGUGUUUCAAAUUUUCUUUGAGGAUCCUGGAAUUAGUGAUGUGCUUUCUGAUGAGUUACGUAGCCACGCAACCUUUUCGUUAUCAGAAGCGUCCUAAUCGCACAGUAUGUGAUUGCUUCUGCUGGGCGCCAUGUCAUGCUAUCUGUGAGGGACAGGAAUACGAGACGAAAGAAGAUAGCAUUUAUUGGAAUGAGAUUCAUGGUGUUUCUGUCAGCUACAGCCAGGAACUUGAUCCUGGUGAUCCGUCCCAAGUAACUGCCGCCAAAUAUAUGGGAUCUCCGGAUGAGUCUAUACCGCUAAGCAGUGAGGAAGAAGUAGCUUUACAGAAGUCAAGGUCAAAUACAAUCGAUUCUGAUUAUGGGGACUUAGACUUGGGGAGUGGACCGAUAGUCCUCAAUCCACAUGUUCUGUAUCAGAGGAAUCCUGAGCUUCUGUCUUUGAGGGAAGGGAGUCAUAAUGAAACAAAAUUGGAAAAUGAAACGAAAUUGGAUGAGCAAAGCCCAAUCAAAAUGCCACAUUCCGUUAAUUUGGAGGACAAUCUGAAUGGUGAGACUGAUAAUACGAAAUUUGCAUCUCAACAAAAUGAAAAUGUGCAGGAACAAAAAGCUGAUACUCCAAAUCGAAAAGUAGCGAACAGACCGUCUAGUUUGAAAGCAUUUUUACCAAGAUCGCCAAUGAAAGGCAACUUUCCUUUUCUGCAUUCAAAAGCAGAACAAGCUGGUUACAGUAACCUUGACAAUAAAAUUGACCCUAAGAAAGCUGCCCCUGUGAAACGGAGUGUAAGCGAUGCAGCAUCUUCGGUGAGAACAAAGAGUCACCAGGGCUCAAACUAUCUGUCUCUGUCUGACCUUGAAGUUCAUUCUGGUGUCCUUGACACUGCAGAGUGCAAAAGUCAAGGUCAGGAAAUGAUCCCAAAGAGUCCAACUAUACUGGAGGAGUCGGAGGAAGGAAAGACAGAUCAAAAAGGAAAUAUCAAUGUUUGAAAUGUAAUCAGUUUUCAUUUUGACAUAUCUUUUAUUCAAUUAUCCCAUAGCCUAGCUUUGAUGAGUGUAUUAUAGGAAUGUUGCAAAGGCUUGCUUUUAUUACUGCAUUUACCGGUAACUCUUUUACUCACCUAGACAUUUUCACAGGAAAACAAUGCUUGCUCUUUUUAACGAUUUACCAUCAGAUAAUUUCUGGUGUAGUCUUAAAAAUCAUGUUAUUGUCUCUUUUAAUGUUGUGAUAAUUCAUGUGAUCCUAUAGUCAUGAUGAUUGAUACAUGUAAAAUAGUUACUGCAUUGAUGUUUUUGUAUAAAAAAUUUGAUAUUUUUUAUUUUUACUGAGUUAAGUGCAUUUUUCACAAAUUAAAAAAAAGUUAUUUGUUGUUGUUUGGGUAAUGUAUAAACUGCUUUAGGGGGUGCUAGUAGUUGUUAAAAAACUGCCGUGAAUUUGAAAAACUAUUUGUAGCACUAGGAUCACUUAAAGAUUUUUGCUUCUUGGAAAUUGGAAAAAGGUGCCUUUACGAAUUAAUUUAGAAAGUCAUGCACACAUCUAGAUGUCCUGUGAAUUUUAUAGGCAGAUUAUAAUUUUGUUUGUUGUUGUCGCUGAGCACUAUAGAUAAUUGUAAGUGCUACAUUGUACUUAUGAUCUCUUUCCUUAUAUUAGUCCUGCCAUAUUCCUGUGAUCUACAUUCUAAAUGAUAUUUCCUGCCAUUCUGUUUUAUUAAAAUUACUGAUUGGAAUCAUGCAUGUUUAGGCAAUGUCUGUAGGGCAAUAAUAAAGUGGUCCUAUCCCAACUUAGCCUUCAAAAGACUGAUUUGGGAUGAAUAAAAAUUGUAUCCAGGUGCCCCACAGAAACUCUCUCCAUGCAACAAGCACAUUGUAAGGGUACUUUGUAAUGAGUUUCCAUCACAGCUUACCACUAUUGAGAGUCGUCGAGACAUAUUAUUGAAGGAACAGGAGAGCCAUCAGUAAUUCUGACACCUUCAAAGUAUGUCAUAUAUUUUUCACAGCUGCUGUAUUGAUUUUAUCUUUAUAUCACUUUUUAUGAUUGUAUGUAAAAUAUGAAGAGAGUCGUCACUAAACAAGAUAUGCGACAGGCAUCAGACCUUUUGGUGAUAACUGUGUCUUAUUUCACUAUGAAACUCUUCAUUCCUCCUAGAAAGCUAUCCUGGUACUACAAGUAUGUUGUCAUUUGUUGUGUCGUAGUUACCAAAAGGGUCUCCACCUUGGAUGUCUUUUCGCCAGGGGAAAUUUUUGUCCCUUUUUUAUAGGCAUUGUGCAUGUUGGCAUAGUCUUGGUAUCACAGAGCUUGUUGGACAUCGUCAUCUUUGUACUUGUUACUU